ACGCCGCUUUGCUGACCACCAAGAACUCAAGAAGCAGGCUCGAUGGCUUUAAUUUUGAGCUUCGAUGUUUUCAAGUCAUAACUUUACGUCUCCAUACUUUUUAAAAUCAAAAUGGAUAACAUAUUUACAGCACGCAUUUAGACAAAACGCCGAAGAAACUUCGAGUAUGAGUAUCUGCAGUGGGACAAAUGAAGAGCUGUUUGCAAGCACAGGGAAGGGGACGGUGUCGGGUCAGACGGAAAACUCUAUAAAGCAUCCAUGGCACAUGCUCUCUUUCUGAUCCGGCCCCAACCGUUCCUGGCUCUCCUGGGGAGGAGGAAAAUGUCACUACACGCUGGGGCACGCGAGGUGUUUGCGGCGGCGCUGGAGGCCGUGCAGCCAGACGUCGCCCUCCGGCAGCAUUUGGAGCGCCGAGGCAAUUCCUUGGUGUGCAGCGGUCGCACGUUCCCUCUGAGCAACAAUGUGCACGUGGUGGGCUUCGGAAAAGCGGUGCUGGGCAUGGCCACCGAGGCCGAGAGGAUUCUGGGAGACCACUUGGUGCGAGGGGUCAUCAGCGUGCCUCGUGGCAUUCAGCAGGCAUUACGCCAGCAUGGCAAACACCACCUUCUAUUAAAGGAAAGCAGCCGCAUCCAAGUCAUGGAGGGCGCUCAACACAACCUGCCCGACGCUGACUCCCAGAAGGCAGCAGAAUGCAUCGCCCGGCUGGCGAGCGCAUUGACGGAGAGAGACCUGCUUCUCGUGCUCAUUUCAGGUGGGGGCUCGGCGUUGCUACCCGCACCCAUUCCGCCAAUAACCCUGCAAGAGAAACUCGAUAUCACCCGCAAAGUGGCGGGCGGGGGCGCCACCAUUCAGGAGCUGAACACCGUCAGACGUGCCUUGUCCGUGUUGAAGGGCGGAGGGCUUGCGCAGUGCGCUCACCCGGCUCAGGUGUUGGCGCUGAUACUGUCUGACGUGAUUGGCGAUCCACUGGACCUGAUAGCGAGCGGUCCCACGGUGGAGGGCCCGGUGUGUCGCGAAGAGGUGCUGGUGGUCCUCGAGCGCUACAGCUUGCUGAACUCUGCCCCUGCUUCUGUGAAGCACGUGUUGGGGAGACUUCCACUCCGACAAGAAGUUGGAACGAACAAGGCAGGGCACGUUCUCAAUACAAUAAUCGGUUCCAAUAGCAUUGCUCUUCAGCACGCGGGCCGCCGGGCGCUCCAGCUCGGUUUCCGUCCAAUUGUGCUAUCGACAGGCGUGUGCGGUGAUGUGAGGUCAGUGUCCCGUCUUUACGGGCUCCUGGCCCGCUUCGCCUGCUCUCGCGGGGAUACUCCGUCCGAGCUCGGCUCAGAGGUGCUGAAGCUGGGGCCGCAGGUGGGCGUGGAAAGCGGGGACCUUCGCCGCGUCAUGCACAGUUUGGAGCAGGCCCGGUCACAGGGACGGGGCGCCGCAUGCGUGUUGGCGGGGGGCGAGCCCACCGUGGAGCUGACGGGUAAAGGCCGUGGAGGUCGCAACCAAGAGCUGGCUAUGAGAGUGGGACUGGAGCUGAGAGGCUUGCAGCCCCUGCUAGACAGUCCCGUCUUCCUGAGCGGCGGAACCGAUGGCCAGGAUGGGCCCACCGAGGCAGCCGGGGCCGUCACAGAUGCAAAGUUGUAUGAAGACGCCAAAAAACAGAAACUGGACAUGAGCAGUUUCCUUAAAAACAAUGAUUCUUUCACUUUUUUUACACAUCUUUCUGGUGGGCGUAAUUUACUCGUACCAGGCUUAACCUGCACCAAUGUCAUGGAUGUGCACAUCCUCCUCAUUCCACAAUGUGCCAAAUAGGACUGAAAGUAGACUGGACCUGAAUCCACUACAGAGAACCGCAUGGGCCCACCACUGUUUCUAGUUCUCAGUAAAGUAGUAUCUUUUAAACCCUAAAUACACCACAAACAAUAUUCCUAAAACACUGCCACCUAACACUUUCAAACUAAUCUUAUUACAUUACCCCGAAAAAUAAAUAACAGAUUUUGUUUUUUUAAAAAAGCAUUGAACCCUAACCCGAGUGAACUCAACUCACUUUACAGUAAGCACCACUAGCUGUUUUUUUGCCACUCUCACUUAACAUUUACUGUCAAAAUAAACAUGGAACAAAGACAAUGAGACUUUGUGUAUAUAAAACAGCCAAACAACUGCCCAAAGAAAGGCAGUUGUACUCAGUCAUAUUUUCUUUGUCCUCUACGUAGAAGGGCUAAUAUUAGCGCCGUUCUGAAGAGCUCAGAAAUGAGUUAGACAUUAUUCGUCCCACUGAGUCCUAGGCAAGAGAUGCUCCAUUGUAAAAUGAUUGACUUCUGUGAUGCAGCAAGGACUACCUAGAAGUCAGUGCGAUUCAUAAUAAUACAUCAAUAAACAUACAGUAUCAGUCUCUUACAUGGCCCCAGGUGGUUUAAUUUUAUAAUUUCACUUUUUAUCAACUGCAAUAUUAUGGAGUGCUGUUUUUCCUCAUUAAAAUAUACAAUAGUGUUUGCUGUUUUUUGGGGGAAGGCUGGAAAGGCUUAAUGAUAAUUUAAAAGGGAAAAGAUGAUUUGCGAUACAAAUGUCAACAUAACCAGUCCUAUCCUCACAAGGGUCGUGGGCCAAUGUUCUUGCCUUUCCAAGUGGUUGAUUGACAAUCACCGAUGGCAAAUUGGCACGUUCCAUAGUUAUUUUAGUACAAAAGUGACAAAACUAAAAGUUAAUGUUCAUCAAAACCUGUUGGAGAUAAUAAGUCUACUGAAAUGGCAACAGCAAAAGUACUCAUUUUUCCUGUGUCUUGCUGGUUAUCGAUACUAUUCCUAUUUUGUAAUUACAUGUUCAAUCCAUGCAUGUUUUAUCUUAAAAUGAUACUGUAUUUGUAUGCAAUAUCAGGAGCACUUGAAUAUUCUGAUACAUCUGCCACCAAUGAUGAUGUACAGCCAUCUACCUCCACAGCUCGUAUAUCUUAGCAAUGCAAUAAGGUUCCAUUAUG